CGAUUUUAUUUGUAAUCUCUUUCUAGUUUCCACUCCUAUCAUGUUUGGUUUGGUACAUUGUCAUAAAUAUCGUAAACCUUUAUACAGCUGUCUUAGUGUUUUGGUAACCCAAUCGAUCGGCGUUUAUUGAUUGCAAAUAUUUGAUAUAGUUCAUGAGACUUAUUUUGUCUGCAGGUAGGAAAUCAAUUUGAGAAUUAUUAUUUGGCAAAUGUACUCAAAAGCACAAAACGAGGAACUAAACAGAAAUUCCCCUAUAAAAGACUUAAUUCCAACUUCAGAAAAUCAGAACACAGCAUAUAGCAAAUUCGAUUAUUUCACUUCGGACUUCUUAGUAAAUUCCACCACAUUUCAAAAUGAAGUACCUUUUCGUGGUUGCCCUUAUUGCCCUGGCCAUCCAGGUGGCUUCCUCUGCUAGUACCACUACUACAACUGAUGCCACUACCACAACCUCUGCGGCAACAACAACCACUGCAGCUUCAACCACGACGACAACCGCCUCUUCCACCCACAAAAAGCGUUGUUGGAGGGGCAACAACUGGUGCCACACCCGAAUCCCCAAGAGGAAGUGCAAGCACCCAAGGAAAUGCCACAAGACCGUCGUGAUUGUGACCCACAGAAAGAACUAGUUUUGAUCUUUUCUGGACCAUAUAUACUGAAAUAAAAGAUAAAAAUAACUCCAAAGUACUUUUUUUUUUGAAGCAGUAAUAACAAUUUUAUUAAGGGGAAAUUUCACGAUCUUUAAAAGUGAUUGGUUUCUAAA